CUUCAGUGAAUCAUCACUGGGUGUGAAAGGAAGCAGGUAGGCAGAGAGUAGCCCACAGAGCUGAAAAGAAACUCAGAGGAGGGAAUCACGGAGGAAAGUGGCCAUGGACCUGCUCCCAAGCUUUUCUGUGGAAACCUGGGUUCUCCUGGCUACCAGCCUGGUGCUCCUCUAUCUAUAUGGGACUUAUUCACAUGGACUUUUUAAGAAGCUGGGGAUUCCUGGGCCAACACCUCUGCCUUAUUUUGGAAGUGCUCUGUCCUACCGAAAGGAUAUGUUGGAUUUUGACAAGGAAUGUUUUAAAAAGUAUGGAAGAAUGUGGGGGUUUUAUGAAGGUCGACAGCCUAUGUUGACUGUCACAGAUCCAGACAUAAUCAAAACAGUGCUAGUGAAAGAAUGUUAUUCUGUCUUCACAAACCGGAGGUCUUUUGGUCCAAUGGGAAUUAUGAAAAAUGCCAUCUCUCUGUCUGAGGAUGAACAAUGGAAGAGAAUACGAACGCUGCUGUCCCCAACCUUCACCAGUGGGAAGCUCAAGGAGAUGUUCCCCAUCAUUGGCCAGAUUGGAAAUGUGUUGGUGAGGAACCUGAGGAAGGAAGCAGAGAAAGGCAAGCCCAUCAACAUGAAAGACUUCUUUGGGGCCUACAGCAUGGAUGUGAUUACUGGCACAGCGUUUGGAGUGAACAUUGAUUCCCUCAACAACCCACAUGAUCCCUUUGUGGAAUAUAGCAAGAAGAUCUUAAAAUUUAAUAUCUUUGAUCCAUUCUUUCUCGCAAUACUGUUCUUCCCAUUCCUCACCCCAGUCUUUGAAGUAUUAAAUAUUACUCUGUUUCCAAAAAGUUCUGUGAAUUUUUUCACAAAAUCCAUAAAAAGGAUGAAAGAAAGUCGCCUCAAAGAUAAACAAACGAAUCGAGUAGAUUUACUUCAGCUGAUGAUUAACUCCCAGAAUUCCAAAGAAACUGACACACAUAAAGCUCUGUCUGACUUAGAACUCGUGGCCCAAGGUAUUAUCUUUAUUUUUGCUGGCUACGAGACCACUAGCAGUUCUCUUUCCUUCCUCAUAUAUGAAUUGGCCACUCACCCUGACAUCCAGCAGAAGCUGCAGGAGGAGAUUGAUGCCACUUUCCCCAAUAAGAUGCCUCCCACCUAUGAUGCCCUAGUACAGAUGGAGUACCUUGACAUGGUGUUGAAUGAAACUCUCAGAAUAUAUCCAGUUGUUGGCAGACUUGAGAGGGUCUGUAAGAAGGAUGUGGACGUCAAUGGGGUGUUUAUUCCCAAAGGGACAACAGUGAUAGUGCCAGUGUUCGUUCUUCACAACGACCCAGAGCUCUGGCCAAAGCCUGAGGAGUUCCGCCCUGAAAGGUUCAGUAAGAAGAACAAGGACAGCAUUAAUCCUUACACUUACCUGCCUUUUGGAACUGGACCCCGCAACUGCAUUGGCAUGAGGUUUGCUAUCAUGAACAUGAAACUUGCUCUCGUCCGAGUCCUGCAGAACUUCUCCUUCAAGCCUUGUAAAGAAACACAGAUCCCCCUGAAAGUACUCACUCAAGGACUUACACAACCAGAAAAACCUGUUGUUCUAAAAGCUGUGCCCAGAGAUGGGACCUUAAGUGGAGCCUGACUUUCUCUAAGGAUUUGCACCUUGGUCUUCAAGGAAGCUGCAUCCCAGAACACCAGAGACUUUACUUACUUUGUGAUAAAACCAUUAAAUGAAGAUGGGCUUCACCUACUGCCCUUCACGGAUGACUAGGGGUUCCACAUAAUCAUUUAGCUUCUCAGUGUCUCCCUGGAGCGUUAUCUAUUGCAGCAGAGAAAGGAGGUGACCAGCAAGUGCCAGAUACUCAGCCUCACGGGUUCUCGAAGGACCAUCUCCAUCCACCUCCAGUUAGUACCAUCUGCUCCUCCUGAGCGCUGAUCAGAAUGGAAAUUUCUCCACACUUUUAUCAACAGACUUUAAUGAAAAUAAGAAUUAUAGGGCUGACAACAGUUGAUAUUUACAUCACAGAUUUUAUUUUGAAUAUUCUAAAUUAAAUAUUAUAUUGAGAAAGUCAAUAAACAUCUCUUUACAAAAGUA